UAAGUGAAGCUGGACUCUGCUAGACAACGGAGGCGCGGGCCAGGGCGCGGUGAGGUGGAAGGCGCGGGCUGUCACUCAGCUGGGUUGUCACUGCGACCGGCUGAGCUCGGUCCCCAGUGGUACCCGCGUCGGGGCUCGAGCGCGCUCCCCAGCCCUCUCCGGCGAGGCUGCUGCGGUGUCGGAGUGACUCCCGAGUUUCCUACCGCGGCUCAGUCCCUCACCUGGGCCUCAGGAAGUUUGCAGCGGAAACGAAAAUCAGUAUCCCGCUCUCAGUCAAAGGAAGGAUAAUUAUGGAGACCAUUGAAGGAAUGUGUUACUUACAUGGAGAAGGUGUCAUACACAAGGACCUGAAGCCCGAAAAUAUCCUUGUUGAUGAUAAUUUUCACAUUAAGAUAGCUGACCUUGGUGUUGCUUCCUUUAAGACGUGGAGCAAACUGACUAAAGAGAAACACAAUGAGCAAAGGAAAGUGAACAGCAACUCUGUGAAAAAUGGCGGCACCCUCUACUACAUGGCCCCAGAGCACCUGAAUGACAUCAAUGCCAAACCCACAGAGAAGUCAGAUGUGUACAGCUUUGGCAUAGUUCUUUGGGCAAUAUUUGCAAAUAAGGAGCCAUAUGAGAAUGCUAUCUGUGCAGAGCAACUUUUAAUAUGCAUAAAAUCUGGGAACAGGCCAAAUGUGGAAGACAUCAUUGAGCACUGCCCAAAGGAGAUCAUCAGCCUCAUGGAGCUUUGCUGGGAGACGAACCCAGAAGUUCGACCAACAUUUCCUAGCGUUGAAGAAAAAUUUAGGCCUUUUUAUGUAAGUCAGUUUGAAGAAAAUGUAGAAGAGGAUGUGGAGAGUUUAAAGAAAGAAUAUCCAAUGAAAAAUGCAGUUUUGCAGAGAUUGCAGUCUCUCCAACUUGAUUGUGUGGCAGAACCUCCAAGCAGGUCAAAUUCAGAACAGCCUGGUUCGCUGCACAGUUCCCAGGGACUCCAGAUUGGCCCUGUGGAGGAGUCCUGGUUUUCUCCCUCCCUGGAGAACCCACAAGAAGACAGUGAGCCCAUCUUGCAGCUUAAACUCCAGGAGGAAGCAAGCUAUCAUGCUUUUGGCAACCGCAUGGACAAGCAGACAAAACAGCAGCCCAGACAGAAUGUGGCUUACAACAGAGAGGAGGAGAGGAAACGAAGGGUCUCUCAUGACCCCUUCGCACAUCAGAACCCUUAUGAGAAUGUUCAGAACACCAGUGGAAAAGGUCUUGCUUAUCCCAAUGCAGCCAGUCAUAGCAGUGCAGUAAACCAACCGACAGGGCUAACCAGCCAACCUCAGGGACCAUAUUGGAACACUGACUUAUACAAUGUACCUGGGUUUGGGAUAAGACCACUGGAUCCAGUGACAGCAAGUACAGGAUUUUGGUAUGGGUUGAAUUCCAGCCACAUGUCUAAUCUGUAUAAAACUCCAGUGCCUGAAACCAACCUACCAGCAAGCACACCCACCAUUCCACUCUACUCCUUUCCAUCAACAGAUGAGUCCCCAAAAUGUUGCAUAUACAAUAGUACUGGCAUACAGAUUGGAGCCUAUAAUUAUAUGGAGGUUGGUGCAGUGAAUUCACAACUACCAGAAAACAUAUGUGCAAAUGUGAAAGAAGAGCCACUUUCCAAGUUCCGAGAUAUCUUCGAUAAUACCUCUAGUCUGACUGCCAAACAUUUGAACCCUGUCAGGGAAAACCUGGGAAAGCACUGGAAAAACUGUGCCCGUAAGCUGGGCUUCACUGAGUCUCAGAUUGAUGAAAUCGACCAUGAUUAUGAGCGAGAUGGACUGAAAGAAAAAGUUUACCAGAUGCUCCAGAAGUGGCUGAUGAGGGAAGGCAAUAAGGGGGCCACCGUGGGAAAGCUGGCCCAGGCGCUCCACCAGUGUUCCAGAAUAGACCUCCUGAACGCCUUGAUCCAUGUCAGCCAGAACUAAACCUGGAGGGGCAUGGGCAACAUGAAGCAAACUCCUCACUUAGUGAAUAAGCCACUGGUGGAUGUGCUGCCCCAAAGCAUUCAAGAUUCUAUCCUCAUGGAUAUGUCAUUGCCUGCAUUUCAGAGCUGAAGAACGGAAAGAGAAUCUUCAGCCAGCAUCCCACUCUCAGGAAAGUAUGCAGACAGGAGGCUUCGUAAUACCCAUAGACCAAUUAAAAACAAAAAAAGAGAAAGAGAAAGCCUAGUUGGGUGUAAAAGGGAAAGAAGAGAUGUUUGAAGAAUAUCAUUUUCUUUCAGCCCAUGUCAUAACCUUAAAUUAUGCUAGUCAUUUAAUUUCCUGGGGUUUUGGUGGAAAAAACAAAUUCAGCUUUCUUAUUUUGGGCUUUCUUCUGCACAUAGGUUCCUCUUAUAACCAAAGUGCAUUAAAUUUCUAAUUUCUGUGCAAAUAGAUUUUUUUGUAUGACAACCAAUAGUUUGUCCCAAAAUUAUAGGACCUAUUAACUUCAGUAUCAAAUACUGUCACCACAGACUCUUAAGAAAUUAUGUGCAAUCCCCCUUCAUUGUUCUAAAAUAUAAAUUCACUGAAGGGAAAGAGUGCUGAAGAUGAGGAAAAAAAAUACAGGAGUGGGGGGAAAUCAUUGGAUUUUUCCUGGCAGUUGUUUCAAGAAAAUGUUAUGAAUUGUGACUACCACAGAAAUUCUUAUUUUAUAUGUGCUUUCCUAACACUCCAGUACUUUAUGCAGUUUCCCAUCCUGUGUACCCCAAACAGGGAAAGGUAUGUGGGAAAUAUUGAUCUCUUCACCCCUGGGUAUGAUCAGAGCCUCAGGACUGAUCACUGUUGAGCUCUUACUUCAGUUUACCCCAGCAUACUAAAGAGAUGUGUUUAUUUUUUUCUUUGUGCUGUGAAGCUAAAAAAAAAAACUUGAGAGCCUGGUCAUUAUGCAUCUAGCACUCAGCCUUUCAAAGCCCUUAUGAAACCCAGGAGCAAAUGAAAGAACUUCUAGAACACAACUUGAAGCCACCCAGGUCAUUGGGCAUUGUUGUUGACACUUUGCUAAACAGAGAUAUGCCAUUGUGCUCAGCUCUCCCAACAUAGAGGGAGAGAAGGGUGCAGUGAUGGUCACUCUGUCUGGAGAGAUUCUGAUGUCUUGGGUCAAUAACAGUAUUGUUGGUUCUGAUUCUGAAUCCCCUCCAGCCUCUGCAGACACACACCCCUGAAAUGAGGAUGCAGAACAGGGAUUCUCCACUUGGCUCUAUUGGCAUUGAGCCACGUAGGGGUUUUUGUUUGUUUGUUUGGUUGGUUGGUUGGGGGUAGGGAGGCUAUCCUGUGCCUUCCCUCAUCUUGCCCCCAGUGACAAUGUCUCUAGGAAUUUCCAAGUGUUCCCUGGAAGGGAAAAAUUGCCCUGCUUGAGAAGAGUAUUGCUGUAAGCCUCAGUAUGUCCACACAUGUCAGGUCUCACUACUUAGCUGCCACCAGCAUUAAGUCAUGCUGACCCCAAAUAAAAUUGGAGUGGGGAAGGGUCCAGGCUUUGCUGAAGGAGCAUGUAUGGUUUCUAAAUAGGUUCCUUGGACCUCCAUUCCAAUGGUGUUCUAGUUCUCUUAAAUUGAAAAGAAGUUAGAUGGUCAAUGUUAAGAGACAAAAAUGGAAGGUAUUUUAAUGGACUUUUUAAAAUAAAACUUUAUUCAUGAAAUACA